GCCUCCUGCAAACUGGCAGCAGCCGCUGUAGCUAGCAGAGCAAAUGUUAGUUUGGAUGCACACAUUGAAUGAAAGUCAGUGAAGCAGGCUGAUGCCAUCAGCAACUGAGAAUAUCUGCCCACUAUAAAGUUAUCCUACAGUGUGUAUGCACCUGGUGCCAACGUAUUAGCAGAGAUAAUCUUACACAUUGGCAAAAGACAAGUUCAAGACAUUUGUGGAAGGGGAAGGACCGGGCUGUGUGUGGCAAUGCAGCGGGUCACGGCGCAGCUCAUCGCCGGGCUGGUUGCAGCGGUGCUGUCGCUUCUGGCAGAGCAGUGUUGGGCGGACGGCGGGGGCCUCAGCUUAGCGGAACGGGUUAUCUGGGCUGUAAAUGCCGGGGGUGAAUCGCAUGUGGACGUGCACGGGAUACACUUCAAAAAGGACCCAUUGGAAGGGAAACUUGGCAAAGCAUCUGAUUAUGGGGUGCGUCUGCCAAUACUGCGCUCCAGUCCAGAGGACCAGAUUCUGUAUCAGACAGAGCGCUACAAUGAGGACACUUUUGGAUAUGAUAUCCCCAUUCGUGAGGAAGGAGACUAUAUACUAGUUAUGAAGUAUGCAGAAGUUUACUUCGCCCAGUCACAGCAAAAGGUGUUCGAUGUCCGUCUAAACGGCCAUACGGUGGUGAAGGACCUGGAUAUCUUUGAGCGAGUGGGUCACAGCACUGCUCACGAUGAGAUAGUGCCCUUCUCUAUUAGACGUGGCAAGCUGAGCGUGCAAGGAGAGGUAUCCACUUUCAACGGCAAGCUCACUGUGGAGUUUGUAAAGGGUUAUUAUGACAACCCCAAGGUCUGCGCUCUCUAUGUAAUGAAGGGAACAUUAGAAGAUGUUCCAAAACUUCAGCCUCACCCCGGCUUGGAGAAGCCUGAGGAAGAGGAGGAAGAAGAAGAGGAUAGCGAAGGAGGCGAGGAAGGUGGGAAGAAAAAGGUUCCAGCAGGUUCCAAGAACAGGGUCCAGUCAGGCCCCCGAACACCAAACCCGUACGCAGCCGACAACAGCAGCCUAAUGUUUCCCAUCCUCGUGGCAUUCGGGGUGUUCAUCCCCACGCUGUUCUGCCUCUGUCGGCUGUGAGCUGCAACUAGCGGUUGAGGGGACGUCAAACAGACAAGGCGGACGUGAGACUAUGAAGAGGGAGAAGAUGGGUGGGGGGGGUUGGGGGGGUUAAGAUGACAACAGCAGCACAGGUAAAGGCAUACACACAGGAGAGAGCUUGAAAAUCUUGACGACGGAGGACAAAAAAGAGACAAUAACUUUUCGGAAAGCCACUUCGCGAUGAUGCAAAAGCUGCUGUCCAUUUCUACCGCUGAGGAAAGAAAAGGAGAUGUAGGAAGUGUAUGCUGUGCGCUUCUUUGUGAAUGUGUUUCGCAUCCACCUCUGCUGACCCUUUUGAACAAUGUUAGUCAUUUCCACUCAGAGACUGUGCAGGAUUUUCAGGUGCCAGUCUUCACGGUUUGAAGCCACAUUUCAGCAGCUAAGGGAUGCUCAGGAGUGAUUGGUCUGUGCCCGUUUUAUAAACUAAAAGCAUCGUUUUGUACUGGGUGUAGCAAGGAAGCACACUCUGUUUAACACUCCUGCUUAGCAUCUGGUUAGACCUUCAAAUUGGAAAUGGUGCUGCGUAGAAAUUGGUUUAAUAGAAUAUGUUAGUGGAAAUACAGUUGCCAUUUGAGAGGCUCCCAUUUUUUUCAACUCGUCGCAUUUUUGUGUCUUCCCACUCAGAUCUAGUUAGUCCUUCUUUUGACGUGCCAUCAUCUACUCUAAGUUGUUGACAAAGGAAAGUAAUUGAUGUUCAACCAGCUCUGAAGCUGGUGGGAUUAUUUGCUGUCUUCUGUCUGAGUCAGCUUGCCUUUACAUCAGUAUAGGUUGGUUUUCACAGGUCUUGGUGAUGUGUGGUGAAGCAAUGAUAGACUUAUUUGGCAGUGUUCCACCGAGUACUGAUUCAUGGCCAUUAAACGUGUCCUCAGCAGUGAUCACAAAGUCCUUUUUGGGGAUUUGUUUUUUUUUUCUUUUUUUUUUUUUCAAGGAUGGAUCCAUUUUAAAAUUCAAAGAUUACAAAGUGAGGAUGUAGAACGGUCUCUUUCAGUGAGAGACACCACAGUUUCAUUUAGUGAGAGUCAAAGUUUAUGCUGUGAAAUGCUUAAGUUCAAGUGAGUAAGGAUCUUUUACAUCACUGUAUUUUCUGUGAUCUUUUGCCUUUUCUAUUCAUUCAUUGCAUGUCUGCCUUUUUGUUUCACCAAAGAAUGUCUUUUUUCCAUUUAGUUAGAGAAGGAAAACUUGGUGGCCUGUUUUGUUUAAACAAAAAGCUUGCAAAACACAACCGGCCUCUGUGGCAUGUGGUUGGAAUUGGGUAUAUUUGGACAUACAGUACCUAUGGGAGCUAAUGAGAGAUGCAGUCAUUUGAAUUCUAACAGCACUGAAUAGUUAGUAUUAAGAUUUAAACACCACUGAAUUCAUAGAAUUGAAAUGUUUUACUUUGAAAACCACAUAUCUGAAUUUAUUUCUGAAUGAAAUUUCAAAUAGAAAAAUCAGUCAAAUUUGGUCAAAUUCUGAUUUUUUUUUUAAACAGUCAAAAAAUUUCAAAUAGCUUUUUGAAAAAUUCAAGUUACUUUUUUUUCUUUUCAAGAUUUAAAAUUGUUUGACCUUAUUUUUUGUAAUAGCAAGUUCAAGUCAAAGAGUUUCAAAUAUCUGAAAAUGUUCAGCUGGAUUCGACAGAUUGAAUUUGACACAUUUUUCCAUUGGAAAAUUUUCAGCUUGAAUGUUUACAUCUCAGUUUCACCAAAUGAACCUGAAUCUUUUUCAAGAAAUUCUGAAACUUGAAUUUUUGGAUCUGAAUUUGUGAACAUUGAAAAAAAAAAAUCAAAUUCAGCUUUUGAGUUGAAAUUUCACAUUUUGUUUUUAAAGAUGUUAAUUCAGAGCAAAUAAAUUCAGAUACAUGGAUUUAAAAUAUUGCUAAGAUCUGCUAUGAAUAAAGUGGUGUUUAAUCUUCAAUAUUAAGUAUUCAAGAACUUCUGUCUCUGCCUUGCUUCCAUAACUUCCCAUCAUUAAUCAAAAUAGAGUUGAUUUAGAAGAAUUGAGUGUUUGCCACUUCUUACAUCAGGAGCUAGCUGGGAGGACGAUUGUAAUUGUUUUUUGUUUAGUUUUGAUUUUGUCAUGAAUUUGUGUUUAAAACAGAAUGCUGUGUUGACUCUGAUGGGCCAUGAACGUCAGUUCUCCAUGUUAUUAGAAACUGAGAGAACAGGCUGCUGCUCAAUGUUAAAAUAAUACGUAGUGAGAAUCUGUGCCAGUCAAUGCACCUGUUUCAGACAUCCCCAGAGUUCAUCCAUCUACAGUCAGAGACAAGAAAGCACAACAUCAGUGUGAGUAAAAUAUGAAAUGUUUACUUGACGCUACAAAUCAACGGUUAUUGCCACAUUCUUCACUUGGCCUUUUCAAAUCUGUUGUCUUAAACCGUUUUGACAUGGACUGUACCAUUUUGUUAAUUCAGUGUGAACUAUCAGUGCAAUUAAGCUACUUUUUCUAGUCCUUGUAUUGAUUGAGCAGACUUUAUCUAUCUUACUUUAUCUUACUCUUUGAGCCUUUUUUCCUACAUGGCCACGUUAUCAGAGUCCACAUCGACUGUGUUUUAGUCUCAGCUUUUGGACGAUGUUAUCCCUUUUUGCUUUCCAUGCGGUCUGAAAAGCAGCUUUGUUCUUCAUUUUUAGUGGAGUUGUGUUGUGAACCCUCCUAUUUAUGUAUCUAGUUACCUCCCUUAAGUGCUUAGCUCUACUCCAAGGACAAUUUUGUAACUUUGCCUGUUUCACUAAUGCGUCUUAAAUGUCCCCCAACACCCCCCUCCCUGCCAGUAUUGCUGUUGCCAUAUGCAGUACUUGAAAAACGGUUAAUAAUUCAGGUGUUGUGGAUCCUUCCUCACUCCUUGAUUCUCCCUCCCAUUUUGAUUGAUGGUGAGCAGGAAGUUUGUGCCAGAAAAUAUUCAGUCAGUUGUUGACGGUUUUGGGGAUUUUGUUGUCUUUCUUUCUUUUGUUUUUCAAGUUGUAAACUCGACUCAUAUUUAAGACAUACAAGCACCUUUUUUUCCUCUGAAAAGAUGCAAAAAUUUCAUUUAAUUCAGCACCAAAGUCACCGUGUUCUGUUCUCUUCAAGUCUACACAGUUGCGUGUGUAUAUAAGGUACAAAAUCACACUUUUUAUCGUGUGACAGCCGUUUUGUUCUCAUCACUUUUGUGUUGUAGCUGAGGUGUUAGGGGUUGUUGAUUUUCUUGUGAGGAAGACUUUGUGGCCUUUCUUCUGGAGAUGAACGGUUGUUGGUACAGAGCUAUAAAAAAAAAAAUUUAAUGGACAGCCAGGUGAACUGACUGUCAGAAAGACAAAUAAAUGAGAUUAUGUCUGAAAAUGUGGGAUCUUCCAUUCUAUUCUAUAUAAUUUAAAUCAGAGUGGGGCUGAUCUGGAGAUAUUUUAUAAUACGCUUGGAUUUGUAUGUUUGAAUUUUUUUCCUCAGGAUCUGUUUUUGUUUUGAGUUUUUAAAACGUGAUAUUUUAUUGGUGUGACAUUUUGCACUGCCUCAUGUAUUUUAAAUUCAUGUCAUUUUUUUGUGUGUUUGUCUUUGUUGCCUUGAAUUAUUGAAUACAUUGUGCUUUAUCAUCACUCACCUUGAGGUUGCUCUUUUGUUGGCUUACAUCAAAUUAGCCUCCUCUUCUUUUUUUUCUGUUUUACACACUUUUCAGGGCUAGAUUUUCAUUCCACACAAGCAGCUCUUGUUAGGAAUAAAGAACAUCUGUCAGGAGAAUUGAUAUAUCUUGAGUUUUUCGUUAACUUCAACUUUUCUAGGAGCAAAGCCAGUCAAAAACAAACGGGAAGGAUAGCAGGAGAAGUGUGUGAAAUGUAUAUGUCCAGCACUUGUCCAGCACUUGAUUCAGCCUAUUUAGCUCCUCACCAGCCUUUUUUCUGGCCUGUACAGUAAGUACAUCUCACAGUUGAAUGAAUAAGAGUGGAAUGAAGAUCUGCUCUCUUUUUUUUCACAUGGGAACCAAAGAAUUGCCACCAUUCCAUCCAAAUUUUUAAACACAGUCCUAACGUGAAGCUAAAGGUUCUUGAUUUCUUUCAUCCUUUUUUCCCCCCUCGCCUGGUAAAGCAGUGAAUAAACCAGGGGAGGAAAACAUGUCAUGUCUUGUCAUCAGAUUUGUUGUCACCACUAAUUAAUCCCCUGCCAUGACACCAAAUAUCCUUGAAAUCUUCCUGCUAGAAGAGUCUUUUAAAUUGCUCUGUAAUUAAUGUAAAUUUGAUUGAGAUGACCAUUUUUCAUCUUGUUGCUACUCCUCCUUCGUUGUUCUUCUCAUUUUCAAAGCAACUGAACAUGUGAGAUGAAUUUAAACUGAGACAAAUUUGAACAGCGAAACAUCUGCUAAUGUGUCCAUCGUCCUGGCAGCAGACCAUACACACGCAAAUGAGGUCUUACAGCCACCGAUCACACGGUGUGAGUGUGCGAGACAGCGAGUGUGAGCUUAAAUAUGAGUCCUACUGUAAAAUUAUACAUGUGUUGGAUUAAGGAAUGCUCCUGUGGGGGGUUGUAGGCAGCAGCAGGUGGACUGAGAAAUGUAUUGGAGACGCCUGUUCUGACUGAUGUGGCAUAUAUCUGCAAAAUGGGAAAUGCUGAUAAAUGCUGUCUCUUUUUAAUAAAUGUGCUAUUUUAUCAGAA